AUGCCCCUCUCUUCUCCUCUCCCCAUCCCCGCCACAAACCCUACACCGCUGUCCCAACGAACUCCCCCAAAACGUCCCCACUAUGCCAUCUCCCUCCUCAAGCUCAUAAAAACCCAUAAAGAGCUCUCCCAGCUUCACUCACACCUCAUUAAAGCCAACCUCCUCACCAAUCCCUUCACCUACAACUCCCUCAUCAAGUCCUAUUCCCGCGCAGGUGAUCCAAACUCGGCUCUCUCACUCUUUCUCGACAUUAUCAACGCCGAUUCCGCCGCUCCCGAUGGUUUCACUUAUACGUUUGUUCUUAAUGUGUGUGCAAAGUCGUCGUAUACUGUGGAAGGGAAGCAAAUCCAUGCUAGAAUGGUCAAGGACCCUAAGCGGAUCAAUACCUAUUCUUGGAACUCGUUGAUGGGCUUCUAUGUAAAAAAUGGGGAGGAUGUAUGGAGAGUGCGCAGGGUUCUCGAUGGAAUGCGCGACCCGGAUGUAGUUUCUUGGAAUUGUUUGCUUGACGGGUAUGUGAAAGUUGGGAAUUUGGAGGCGGCCCAGCAGCUGUUUGAUGAAAUGCCGGUCAGGGAUAUAGUUUCCUGGACCACUAUGCUCGUUGGCUAUGCCGAUAAUGGUUUGUUGAGAAAUGCGCGUCAUUUGUUCGAUGGAAUGCCCGAGAGGAACAUGGUCUCUUGGAGCGUGAUGAUUAAAGGGUUUGUGAAGGCCGGUAUGUACAAGGAGGCUUUAGCUCUCUUCAAAGAAAUGCAGGUCUCAAAUGUAAAAAUAGAUAAGAUCACAUUGACGACAUUGCUGUCGGCUUGUGCUGGAUCGGGUGCUCUCGAUCAAGGCCAAUGGGUUCAUGCCUAUAUAGAUAGGCACAAAAUCGAGGUAGAUGCGCACUUAUCCACAGCUUUAGUCGAUAUGUAUGCAAAAUGUGGCAAAGUUGAUUUAGCCUACAGCAUCUUCAAGGACUCUAAAGAUAAGGAGGUCUUUUCGUGGAAUGCAAUGCUCGGAGGGCUUGCAAUGCACUCACGUGGAGACGAAGCCAUCGAGCUAUUUCGAGAGAUGUUGAGUAGUGGAAUUGAGCCAAAUGAGAUCACAUUCAUUUGUGUAUUGUCGGCUUGUAGCCACUCCGGACUAGUGGAAGAUGGUUUGAAGAUCUUCAACACUAUAGAUCGAUACCGCAAUGUUCGGCUGAGUAAAGAACAUUAUGUGUGUGUUGUGGAUCUCCUAGCUCGUGCCGGGUUACUUCAAGAUGCCCUAAAGGUGGUCAAGGAAAUGCCGAUGAAAGCAGAUGGAAAUGUUUGGAGGGCACUUCUCAGCGCUUGUCACCUCUAUGGCAAUGUCGAAAUGAGUGAAUAUGUGGGUAGGGUUCUAUUAGAGAUGGAGCCCACGGAUGACGGCAAUUACAUAGUUCUAUCCAAUCUUUAUGCUAGCAGGAAUAGGUGGGAUGAAGUCGGUAGGUUAAGGAAGAUGAUGGUGGAACGAAGAGUGCGAAAGACUCCUGGGUGUAGUUUGAUAGAAGUGGAAGGUGUUGUUCACACUUUUCUGGCGGGGGAUUGUUCUCAUUCUCAAAGUGGGGUAUUACGUUCGUUGGUUGACGAACUUAUCAAGCAGUGUUAUCCAUUAACGGAAAUUGGACAUGAAUGA